CAACUGGACUGGACUCUGCUGUCUGUGCUUCCGGGUUCAUUCUACAUUUUUGUGUUUCUCCAAACUCUGCGCCUUUCUCAAAGUUGGGAGCGUGUGGCUUGUGCUCCGCGUUCGCCAUGGAGGAACUUCUGUCAUUCACAGAUGUGGCCAUUAAUUUCUCUGCAGAGGAGUGUGAAUGUCUGGACUCUGCUCAGUGGAAUCUGUACAGGGAUGUGAUGCUGGAGAAUUACAGCAACCUGGUGUUCCUGGGGUUUCUCUAUGUAGCACUGACUCUCCUGGAGAUUGCCUUGUAAAUCAGACUGGUCUCUGCCUCCCAAGUGCUGGGAUUAAAGGUCUUGCUUUCUCUAAGCCGUAUCUGGUCACAUUUCUGGAGCAAGGUACAGAGCCUUGGAGUGUGAAGAGACAAUCAGCAGCUGCCAGCCAUGCAGGAUCAAAGCCCCAUAAAUGUAAAGAAUGUGGGAAGGCCUUUGAUAGAAACUCAGUCCUCAUUCAGCACCAGAGAAUUCACACUGGAGAGAGACCCUAUGCGUGUGAAGAAUGUGGGAAAUCUUUCAACUAUUCUUCCAGCCUUAAACAGCACCAAAGAAUUCACACUGGAGAGAAACCGUACAAAUGUGAGGUAUGUGGCAAAGCCUUUAGCUGUUCGUCAUAUCUGGGUAAGCAUCAGAGAAUCCACACUGGAGAGAAGCGCUACAGAUGUGAAGAAUGUGGUAAGCCUUUCACUAAUUGUUCAGGCCUUGUUGUUCACCGAAGAGUCCACACUGGAGAGAAACCCUACAAAUGUGAGGAGUGUGGCAAGGCCUUUAGCGUUCGCACAACGCUUUCGAAACAUCAGAUAAUUCACACUGGAGAGAAGCCGUACAGAUGUGAAGAGUGUGGAAAGACUUUUAAUGUUCAUUCAACACUUUCUAAACACCAGAGAAUUCACACCGGAGAGAAACCUUACAAGUGUGAAGAAUGUGGCAUGGCUUUCAAUGUUCGCUGCAUCCUCUCUAAACACCAGAGAACCCAUACUGGAGAGAAACCCUACAAAUGUAAAGAAUGUGGCAAAGCUUUUAACUGUUCGUCCAGCCUUCACCAACACCAACAGAUACAUAGAGGAGAGAAACUCUACAAAUGUGAUGAUUGUGACCAGGCGUUUAGCUGUUCUUCUUACCUGUACAAGCAUCGGCGAAUCCACAGUGGUAUGAAACCCUACAAAUGCAAGGAAUGUGGCAAAGCCUUUUACUGCUCUGUCAACCUUAUUUACCAUCAAAGAAUUCAUACUGGAGAGAAACCAUAUAAAUGUGAUGAGUGUGGAAAAGCCUUUAGCAUUUGUUCAACUUUUAUGAAACACCAGCGAAUACAUAGUGGAGAAAAACCUUAUAAGUGCAAAGAAUGUGACAAAGCCUUUAAUAAUUGUUAUAAUCUAAUUCAACACCAAAGAAUCCAUACUGGAGAAAAGCCCUUCAAAUGCAAAGACUGUGGCAAAGCCUUCAAUUAUACUUCAAGUCUUGCUCAGCAUGAAAGAAUUCACACUGGAGAGAAACCCUACAAAUGUGAACAGUGUGGCAAGGCCUUUAACUCUUCUUCAAACCUUAAACAUCACUGGAGACUCCACACUGGAGAGAAGCCCUACAAAUGUGAACAGUGUGGCAAAGCCUUUAAAAAUUGUUCAGGCUUUACUCGACACUACAGAACUCAUAUCAGAGAAAAUCCAGAUUAGUGUAAACACUGUCUCAAAGCCUUCAAUAGUUGUUUAGUGAUACUUCAACACUAGAGAAUUCAUAUGAGAGAGAAACUCUACAAAUAAAAGGGAUAAGGGAAGACAUUUAAUAACCCUUAUUCAACAUCCAACAUUUCAUACUGGAGAGACCUUAUAAUGGUGAAGAAGAUGACUCUCUUGAGCAUUCUAUAUUUAUGCAACAUCAAAAUUUAGAUUUCAGAGAAUCCCUACAAAUGCCAAUAAUGUGGGAAGUCCUCUUUAACCACAAGUGAAUUCUAAUCAAACUUCAUAUAUACGUAGUGACUUGGGAAGGAACAGUCAGCUUUAUAACACUGGGAGAAGCAAAGAGUAAAACGCACUAUGUAAGCAGUGUUGCAGGACUUUCCUCAUCAUGUAGACCUUAAGAGGUUUAAGGAAAUGAGCGUAGACAAACUUCAUGAAUUGUAUGCAUAGAAUUUAACACAGCAUGGAAUCUUGCUUAUAAUUCAUAGUGGAUGGUAUAGAAAAACUCAUUAUAGACUUUGGGAUAUAGAUAACUUAAGUUUAUGAGGAUAUCAAUAUGUUAUAAAUACAAGUUAUAACAUAAACUCAAUUUUGAAAACUAUAGGAUCACAACUGUUAGGUAAUUUUAUCAGAAGAAUAUGACUGAGUCCUGAUACUUAAGUGUCUGUUUCUUUUUUUUUUUUCAGAAAUCAUAUAAUACACUAUUGGAAUAUGAAGUUUAGUGACUUUUAUAAAUAAAACUGAGCAGUUCUUAAAUGCA